CACACACACACUUUGAUUCGCUCGCAGCAAAAAGGAAAAGGAUCUUAGGCGCUCUCUGUCGUUUAGAAGUGUUAGACACACCGUGUGCUUAUAAUAAUGGAUCAAACAUCGACGUAUUUGUCAUCAUCAUCAUCAUCAUCAUCAUCGGGCUCACCGCGCCAUUGCCACACGAUACCCACCUCUACCUCCAUGCUUGCCACCACCACCACCACUACCACCAUCAAUGCAGACCACGAUCUCGACGAUCUCGAAAAGCAAACAACAUCGACGGCGGUGCCCUUGCCUUCACAAAUCCUCCAUACGCUCGGGCAAGCCUUCUCAACACUCCUCGUCUUCCUUCGCCAUCUACUUGCCUUAGGACGGCUGUUAGUAAGGAUUCUAAGGGGGGAAGGAAGGAGAGAUAGAAGUGGUGGUGACAGCAAUACUUUGCCUUCUACAAGGAUGAGUGGUAGCCUCGGUUCACCCUCACCUUUGCUCUCAUCUUCUCCUUCAACUUCUACGUUGCCUGCUUCACCUAGAUCACCGACAUUCCUCCCUUCAUCGCCCACUCAUCAUAUUCAAUUUCCAGCGGAAACACAAGCACAGGCACAAACACAAACACAAACACGGGCACCCACCGAGCGGACACGCCUUCUGAGCAUGGACUCAACUUCCACGACCUCAACGAAUUCACCUCCCUCUUCUCCGCGAUCGUCUCCCAUCCACAUCCAGACUCUUCGCUCAGCGCUCAAAAAAACUUCAUCCCCGGGCAGGACGACGACGACGUCCUCCUCCGCACCUCAUCUCACACCUCCCCUUCCAGUCCCCCUUCCUCUCGAUACUCCUUCCCUGACUUCUUCCGCUUCUUCCAUCAUCUCCCCUUCAGCAUCCUCAAGUAGUCUUGCAACUUUUACACCCACUGGAUCAACAACGCCGAUCCCAAUCGACAUUGGUAGCAACCACCACCGCAAUAAUGACGUAAGAAAAAACGUCCGAUUCAGUGAGGAAGAUGAUUUUAGGGUGUAUGAAAUUGAAAGUUGGGAAGCCAAGGAGAAGAGGAUUUGGGGUAAACAUACUGCUGAGGAAGGAGGAUUAGGGAAAUGGAAGAAGAUUGGUCAGACGAUCAUUUGGCAGGAUGCACAUCCAAAACGUGUUGCUGCAAAAAACUCCUCAUCAUCGUUAUUUGGGCGUGGUACCAUGAACCAAAAUGACCCGGGGAAUUCUUAUCCUUAUCAACGAGACAACAGUGACGACGAUGACGAUGACGACGACGAUGACGACGACGACGACGACGACGAAGAUGAAGAUGACGAGACGUCAUCAUUAUGGCGGUGGUGGUUACCUUGGUCAUCCACAUCUUCCUCAAACAAAAAAUCCCGCACUGCCUCUUCCACCUCAUCCUUCCACACUUGGUUACCAACCCACACUUACAACCACAGGUCCCUUUCUUCGCGUUCCUACUCGACGCGAUACGACUCGUUGAGUUCGAUGAACCCCUCGAGUCCAUCUUCUUUUGAUUCGUAUUCUUGUGCUUCGUAUAGUCCGCCUUAUCAUGGUGGGGCAGGAAGGAAUUUGGUAGGGGUUGGGGCAGGUGGGUUUGGAUUUGACGAACUGAGAUGAGGCGGCCUCGGGUCGGGUCUUGUGUUUCCUGAGAACUUGCCUCCACGUCAUCAUCAUCAUCCCUUUUAGCUCCAUGUUCACACGUCAAAGCACAUUUUUUUGUGUUUUUAAUCAUCGAUCGAUCACUGACAUCAUUUGCUUCUU